GCAAAAUAAUAUAGCAUAUACAUAUAUAUUAUCUCUUUGGAAUAAUAUAUAAAAAAUAUUGUUAAAUAUGCAAGAUUUAAUUCAUCCUAGUUAUUAUUAUAUAGAAAAAUUAGGUUGCGUUGAUCCUAAAAAAAUUUCAAAUGCAUUUUAUGUGUACAUGCAAUUAUGCGAAGCUAAAAGAUUCUGGCACGUGGAUUAUAAAUAUAAUCAGGAUUUAGAUUUAAUUUAUUUAGAAACUAAGAGAACUAAAAAUUCAAAUCUUGAAAUUUAUGUACCAUGGGCCAUAUCAUGUUCAUUAACCAUAGAUCUAAUUGAAAAAAUACAGCAGAAAUUAGAAACAGAACGAAUAACAUUUGUAUUUAGAUCUACGGACAGUACUAGCGUCUUUUAUAGUGUUAGUACUGGUCUUGUAAAACCGAUAUCUCCAGCAAUGAGAAAACUAUUGAGAGAAAAAGAGGAGAAAAAAAUAGCUUUAGAAAAAAAUAUUAAGAAAAAUACAACUAAUUUAUACGAAUUAGCAAAAUCUAUAAAUGCAGAAAAUAAAAACACCGAUCCUCAAACGACAGAUAAUAGCAAUAUUGAAAAAGAUGAAUCGAUUGAUGAAACUUCAUCUGUAGUAAAAAUAUAAUUUGAAAUACUCUAUAUUGUAAUAUAUAUACAUAUAUGUUUAAACUUUUCUAUAGUACUAGUGAUUAUAAUUAGUCAAUGUUUAAAACUCAUGACGUAUCACCAGUGAAUAUAGUCACACUCAACAUUGUAUGCUCACCGUGUAUUAAUGGUGAUUACAGUCAUCCAAUGUGUUAUCCAUGUUCUUACUACGUACUAAUAGUAAUUAUAGUCACCUAAUAUCCUAUGGUUACUAUUUACUAACCUUGACCAUAGUCAUCCAACGUCAUUGAUAUUUUGCUUCGGUUUAUAAUUUAAAAAAUCUGAUUAUCUUAGAAUGUAUCACAUUAUAAUAUCCCAUCUUUUAUCUACUUUGUAAUAAAAUGUACAUUCUCGUUAUGAUUGACUCGUAUAAUAGUAUUACCUUAUUCGUAAUGCAAAUAUCUAUACAGUGAAAACAUAUUCGCGAACAAUGUAAUCAUUUUAAAAGAGUUAAAUAUAAAUAUGUAAUCUUCCAUAA